AUGUCAACUUUUAGGGGAUAUAAUCCAAGAUAUUAUUUUGCUAUUGAAACAAGUUAUGGAACAACAGCAGAUUUAAAAGAAAUGAUUGAUGAAUUGCAUAAAAAUGGUAUUCGAGUCAUUUUAGAUAGUGUGUAUAAUCAUUCGGAUUGUUCAUCACCAUUAACACAAAUAGAUCAUGAUUAUUGGUAUCAUCAUAAUCCAAAAGAUAUUACAAUGUCAUGGGGACCAGAAUGGAAUUAUAAUUUUUAUGAUCCAAAAUAUAAUAUUUGGCCUGCUCGUAAAUUUGUUGGUGAUUCAGUUCGUUAUAUGGUUGAAGAAUUUCAUAUUGAUGGUAUUCGAUUUGAUGCUGCACGUCAAAUACAAAAUUUUGAUUUUUUACAUUGGGUUGUUAAGGAAGCAAAAAAAGCAGCUGGACCUAAACCAUUCUAUUGUGUCGCAGAAUUUUUACCUGAUGAACCAUGUAUAACAAAUAUUGAUGGUCCUAUGGACGGAUGUUGGCAUGAUAGUUUCUAUUGGGCAUUACGCGAUUUAUUACUUUAUGAUAAUACAGAUAUUAAUCGAUUGAAAGCUGGUAUUGAUUGUCGACAAAAAGGUUAUUUAGGUGUAACAAAUGUAGUUAAUUAUAUUGGAAAUCAUGAUCAUGAUCGAAUGCUUGUUGAAUUAGGUAAAGAAAGAUGUAUAUUUGGUGAAGAAGCUUUUAAACGUAUUCGUCUUGGUGUUGUUAUUCAAAUGACAAGUAUUGGUAUUCCAAUGAUUUGGAUGGGAGAAGAAAUUGGAGAAUAUAAAGAAAAAACACCUGAUGUUGCUAAAGUCGAUUGGUCAUUAAUUGCAGAUCGUGAAGAUAAUUCUAAUAAACAUAAUAAAACUCUUCUAGCAUUUUAUCGUGGUUUAGUACUUUUACGUAAAGAAAACAAGGCAUUUUUUCAAACUAAUCUUGCCUUUAUUCAUGAAGAUCAUAGUACUAAAGUAUUAGCAUAUCAACGAUGGGCUAAUUCAGGUGAACAUGUUAUUGUUGUUGUGAAUAUAUCUGGAAAUUUUCUUGCUCAUUAUCGUGUACCAAAUAUACCUUUUAAUGGUUGGUGGCAUGAAUGGACAUUUGAUUAUGAUGUUAAAGUUGAAAAUAAUGAAGUCUAUCUUGAUUUAGCUGAGCAUGAGGCGAAAAUUCUUGUUUGGCUUGGUGAAAAUUGGCUAUCAACAAAAACAGUAUCUCAACUAGAUGAUUUGUCACUUAAUUCGAAUUCAACAGAAGCAACUCUUGAACAACAACAACAAUAA